UCUACUUCGUCACCAUUCGAGCAUAAGUGGUUAUUUACUAGAAAGCUAGAAUUAAAGGUUGGAGACUGCUCCAGAUAGUAACCAAUGCAAUAAUAUUAAGGUUGGAGACUGCUCCAGAUAGUAACCAAUGCAAUAAUCGGCAUGUUUCAUUAUGCCUAACCUACUGAAAUCCCCAGUGGAUUACUUGUAUAUAAAUCAACCUAACAGGAGCUUGCUAUUUCAUUGACUCCUUGCAACAUUAUUCCAAUCAUGGAUCUUUCUAUCCAAUUAACUGUCAUAAGUUUGCUCGUUUCUCUAAUUUUUCUCAUUCGCGCAUGUCUUAAAAAAAAUGUGCAAGAUUCCAAGUCUAGAGAAGCACCGGAACCCGCCGGUGGAUGGCCAAUCAUAGGCCACCUCCACCUUCUAGGAGGCGGAGACCAGCUUCUUUACCGAACACUUGGGGCAAUGGCGGACAAGUACGGCCCAGCCUUCAACAUCCGCCUCGGCAGCCGCCGAGCUUUUGUAGUGAGCAGCUGGGAAGUAGCUAAAGACUGUUUCACAGUCAACGACAGGGCACUCGCUUCUCGACCCACGACGGUGGCCGCCAAGCACAUGGGCUACAACUAUGCCGUGUUCGGCUUCGCGCCCUACAGCCCAUUUUGGCGGGAGAUGAGAAAAAUCGCAACGCUCGAGCUCCUCUCGAAUCGAAGGCUGGAUAUGCUCAAACAUGUCAGGACGUCAGAACUCGACAUGGGCAUAAAAGAACUGUAUAAUUUGUGGGUCCAAAACGGAGGUUUACGACCUGCCGUUGUCGAGCUCAAUCACUGGUUGGAGGAGCUGACGCUUAACGUGGUGGUUAGGAUGGUGGCGGGAAAGCGUUAUUUUGGCGCGUCGGCGAAAUGCGAAGAUGGGGACGAGGCGAGAAGGUGUCAGAAGGCGAUUGGGCAGUUUUUUCAUCUGAUCGGGAUUUUUGUGGUGGCAGAUGCACUGCCGUUUCUUUGGUGGUUGGAUUUGCAGGGGCACGAAAAGGCGAUGAAGAAGACCGCAAAAGAGUUGGAUGGAAUACUCGGAGGGUGGCUGGAGGAGCACCGCCAGAGGAGAGGAGCUUCUCAUGGUAAGGCGGAGGAUGAAGGAGGUGAUGAGGAUUUCAUUGAUGUCAUGUUGUCUCUUGAGGAGGAAGGGCAGCUUUCAAAUUUUCAGUAUAGUUCAGAUACUAGCAUCAAGUCUACCUGUCUGGCGCUUAUACUUGGUGGGAGUGACACGACAGCAGGAACUCUGACAUGGGCAAUCUCAUUACUCAUAAACAAUCCCCAUGCCAUGAAAAAGGCACAAGAAGAGCUAGACCUCCACGUCGGCACAGAAAGACAGGUUGAAGAAUCCGACAUCACGAACUUGGUAUAUCUCCAAGCCAUAAUCAAGGAAACUCUGCGUCUGUACCCAGCUGGGCCCCUUUUGGGACCCAGAGAAGCUCUGGAAGACUGUACCGUAGCAGGGUACCGCGUGCCAGCCGGCACCCGGCUAGUGGUCAACGUGUGGAAGAUUCAAAGGGAUCCUAGGGUUUGGGAGAGCCCAUCUGCUUUUGUUCCUGAGAGGUUCUUGGAAAGCCAUAGCCAUGUCGACGUCAGAGGCCAACAAUUUAAUCUGAUGCCGUUUGGCUUUGGCAGACGGUCGUGCCCUGGUGUGUCGUUUGCCAUGCAGGUUCUUCACCUAACGCUUGCUCGACUGCUGCACGGGUUUAAGAUUGAAACGGCGUCGGGUCAGGCUAUUGAUUUGACUGAGAGUCCUGGUCUGACCAUUCCGAAAGCAACUCCUUUGGAAGCUCUCCUCAGCCCACGUCUACCUAGUGAACUCUAUCUCUAGUCAAAGUGUCCGAACCACAAUAAAAUUUGAACUGCUUAAUUGUUGGUUAAUUAAGGAGGUUUAAACAGCUUUUAUUUUGAUGUAAGAUGUGUCUUUUCUUCUUGUCAUGCUACAAGCUAUCGAGAGAGGAGAAAAUGAAUCCAGUAGUGUGGUAUGUGGUAUGAUAUUCUAGUGAAUAUGAUCGUUGGUAAUUUACUCAUAUAUUUUAGAUUCGAAACUAUCUCACUUUUUAAGUUAUUGACCUAAUUAUAGGCCUUUUUUUCUUGUUAUUAUGUUUUGAAAAAUAUAAAAUUAAAUUUUAUUUAACCAACUAAAUUACAAAUCCUAAUAGUUAUAAUACGAGCCUUCACAUGAUAAUUUACAUAAUAAUUAAAAAUUAAACAGUAGUGUUAUACAAUAUCGGAUAAGUUUAAAUAGUUACACCCUCCAUUGUGAUCAAAUGGAGAAAGAUAAUCUCUUCAACCUGACAUGAUGAACUGAAGAACGUCAUUUUAUUUCUAAGUGUUUAAUAUUUAACAUAAGUAUCUCACCACUUGUAUAGUAACAUGUGAUAUAGCACUUCGUGUUCCGAAUACCCUAAAAACCUCUCCUAUGCCACCUCACAUUUUUAUCACUAUUCUUAUUCCGGCUUCGUGACAUAUUCUGCCAAAAAUAAAAUGUUACGGAGAAUCUAAGGCUGGUUCGAUAUGGGAUACUGAACCGAAACCCUUGUCUCAAUUCCCAAACCAAAGUUUUCGGGAAUCCCAAUUUCGAGACCAAUCCCAAACCAGGAAUGCCGAAAUAGUUUCGGGAUUUCGGGACAAAUCAGGAAUCCCGAAAUAGUUUUGGGCUUUUGGGCUAAAUUUAACCUUGUGAAUAUAAAGCCUCAACCUUCCAUGUUUCCCCAUGAACCAAAAGUUCUCUGCAAGAAUGUCUUGAGGACAGAAUGGGAAUCCAUGUCUUGAGGACAGAAAGUGACUGACAAUAUAGGGCGGAAGACUAAAAAUGGUCUGGAAACCAACUUGGAGGAAGAACAACUUCAAAAAAAUUUGAGAUUACUAAAACUCUUAAAUGUCGUGAGGAAAAUCUGUUCUCCACUUAUUAUAGCUUACUGCGUAUAAUACUGUGCAAUUCAAAAAAACAAAACCCCAAGAAAGGGCAUUCCAUUCACCCACACAGAGACGGCAUUAUCAAAUGUAAACCAUAUCUAUCAGAAAACUCCAGUUAUAAUGCAUUACGAUGAUGCUUUAGACCAAAUAUGCUGAUAUACUUACAUAUUGAGAAGAGAAUAACUUUAAACGAAACAUAGUUGGCAAUAUAAUAAUUUCCUGACCAAAGGUUUUCUAUGAUAUCGUUCUCAGAUUGGAUGUUAGACUCGGAAGAAAGAUUAAUAAUAAUUCAAUGUUACUUGAUGAACAACGGAAAUUAACUGAAAAAGCUGUCAAUUAUAUAUUCUUUGGAGAACUUUUAAGAACCUCAAUAGCACUAAUACGAAAUGUU